AUGACCUACGUGGGUGGUGCACCGCCCCAGGAGGGCUAUCAGGACGAUGGCCAGCAAUACCAUCAAAACCAACAGGAUAUGGGCUACCAACAGGACAUCCCCGUCUAUCAAUACGAGCAAGACGGCCAGUUUCCCGUCUAUCAACAGGAUUUUGUCGAGGCACCCGUGGAAGAGCAUGUUAUCGAGGAAUCGGGCGGCUACAUGGAUUCGAAUGCGCCAAAAACGACUGUCAAGUGGAAAAAAGUACAAAAUACCUCCGGACCGACCCCGAGACCCCGCCAUGGCCAUCGCGCUGUCGCCAUCAAGGACCUGAUGAUCGUAUUUGGAGGCGGAAACGAGGGAAUUGUGGAUGAAAUGCAUGUCUAUAACACUACCACCAACCAAUGGUUCGUGCCGUCAGUACGUGGUGACGUGCCGCAGGGCAGCGCCGCUUUUGGCAUCGUCUGCAACGCCAACCAGAUUUUCAUUUUCGGUGGAAUGGUCGAGUAUGGGAAGUAUUCGGCUGAACUUUACGAGCUCCAGGCGAACCGCUGGGAAUGGAGAAGGCUUCGCCCGAGAGCCCCGCGCGCAAGCGAGCCGCCAUGCGCUCGACUUGGCCAUUCGUUUACGAUCACCUCACAGCAGGUCGCAUAUGUGUUUGGUGGUCUGGCCAACGACUCCGCUGAUCCGAAGACAAACGUCCCACGAUAUCUGAACGAUCUGUUUUCGAUUGACCUGCGACAGGCCUCUGGUCAACUUCUCCAAUGGGAGACACCCCAGACUUACGGCACGCUGCCCGAGCCGCGUGAAUCCCAUGCGGCCGUCAUCUCUGAGGGCACCGGCCACCGACGGCUCCUGAUUUUCGGUGGUAUGAACGGAGUUCGUCUCGGUGAUCUCUGGAUGCUUGACCUUGAUACGAUGUCUUGGGAUUCGCCUCAAAUGGAUGGCCCCGUACCACUGCCCCGCUCUCUUCAUACGGCUUGUCUCAUCGGACCAAAGAUGUUCAUCUUCGGCGGAUGGGUCCCGAUGCUCUCCGAAGAUGCGAUUAACUUCAACAACAAGGAGUGGAAAUGCACCAACACUUUGGCUUGCCUCAACAUCGACACGUAUUGCUGGGAACAUUUGUCGCUGGAUGAUGCUCAAGUUUCCGAAACUUCCGACAUGGUCCCACGUGCACGCGCCGGCCACAGCGCCGUCGUCAUCAACAACCGAAUGUUCGUCUGGUCGGGCAGGGACGGCUACCGCAAAGCCUGGAACAACCAGGUGUGCUGUAAAGACAUGUGGUACCUGGAGACGGAGCGGCCCGCGCAGACGGGCAAAGUGCAGCUCGUGCGGGCGAGCCUCGGAUCGCUCGAGGUCUGCUGGCCGUCGGUGCCCAACGCCGAGGCCUACAUCCUCCAGAUCCAGAAGGUCGAGAAGGGCGCCAUUGAGGAGGCUAUUCAGAAUCCGGCCGGCACGAUGCCUAUGACGCGUCCAAUGGUGCAAGGCGGCAUUCAGGCUCGUCUGCCCAUCGCCCGCGGCAACAUUGUCGGCACCAACUCGCAGAAAGUCAUCAUGCACCGAACUCCGCAAGGCCAGAUCAUGAAGAUUGUACGCCCAGCUGGGGCCACGAUGAUCCCUGCCGGCGGGGGCCAACAAGUCGUCCGCGUCGUCAAGCAGAAUAUGGGUGGCGCCCCAGUUGGCGCUCAAAUGCAGCGUCCUGGCAUCAAACCCACCUUUGUCAUCAAGUCCCAGGGCCAGAUGGCGAUGCCCAGCCAGCAGCAAAACCGUGUCGUCUACGUCUCUCAGACCGGAGUGCCGCAGCAGCAGCAGCUUCUGCAAGCCGAACCGCAAACCGUCCACAUCUCUCAGCCUGGCCCCGGAAUUUCGACGCAAGGCACCACCUACACCCAGCCGCAGAUGACCCAAGAUGAUGGUGGUCUGCCUCAUGAUUUGCUCGACGAGGCGGCGGAAGCGGCCGAUAUCCCUUGCCCUUCGCCACCCAAGGACGCGAAACCGCUUGCCGGUGAAUCGAUGGAGAUACCACGCUCUAACGGAGAUGAGAAUGCAGCGGGCGAGGAGAAUGUUGGUGGAGGGACAAACGCUGCUGAAAAUGCCGAAGUUCCUACCCUUGUCGAACAGUCCCAGACCGCGAUGCCGGAAGCACAAGGAUCCGCGGAGGGUGCUGACGUAGCGCCAGUAGAACAGUUCGACGCCGCGGCAGCGGAUGCGCAACCGCAGCAGCACGAGCAACCGGUGGAACCCGUUCCGGCAGAGGCUGACGUUCCUCAGGCUAGCGCGGGGCCCGCCGAGCCGGCUCCUGCCGAUGAACCGAUGCCCGAACACUACGAUCCCGAUGAAUCUGACCCAUCGUUCGGCCUGAUCCCCACCAGCACCACCGAUUCUUCCAACAGCAAUGUUGAUCUGCCAGGGGCUCAAGCCAGUAUGGCCUGCGAAAAUCUCAGCGAGUUGAACACCGACUAUCCAGCGCCCACGCCGGCACAGAUCAAGGCCGAAUUCGAUCAUCAGGCUUCCGUCCAUCGGCAAUACGAGGCCUCCGAGCACAAACCAUCGAACUAUUCGAGCAGCCAGUCACAAUCUGAUACCACUCUCCCGGAUGAGAAAAAUAUUGAUACCAAAAACGAAUGGUUGGACGUUGGAAUGAUCAAGGGCAACCAGUGCAACGUCACCCACUUCUUCUUGCCCUCCGAGGCCUCGCUGGAGGAACGCUACGGGAACGAUUUUGACACGGGGCUUCCGGCUGGUCUCAAUCUGCGCAAAGGCGCUCUUGAGUCCGGCACCGCAUACCGCUUCCGCGUCGCCGCCUUGAAUUCCGUGGGUCGGGGUGAAUGGAGCGAAAUUACGGCAUUCAAGACUUGCCUGCCUGGUUUCCCUGGCGCUCCUUCAUCGAUCAAGAUUGCAAAGGGCAUUGAUGGCGCUCAUCUCACGUGGGAGCCCCCGGCGAACGCAGCUAUUAGCGGCCGUAUCAUCGAGUACUCUGUCUAUCUGGCCGUCCGCAACCAGGCCAACACCGGCGAGUCGCAUCUGGCCUUCAUGAGAGUUUACAUGGGCUCCGAACCGAAUUGUGUCGUCAACCAGGCCAGCCUCAGCUCUGCUUGCGGAUACGGCCCGGCCACGCAGGUCAGAUGGUUGCAGGAGCAGCGUAUGGCCCCCAACGUUGCCAAUAGGUAUCCGGUCAGCAGUGUUCCCGCCCAACCCGCCGGCUCCUACUAUCCCCCGAAGAGGGUACGAAUGGAC